CUGAUGAAAAUCACUUUGAAACCAACCCAAAAGUCUAUGAAUAUCAACAUACGGACAUCCUCCAUUAUUAAGUUAAUGAAACAAGAAGAAGAGCCGGAUAAUCACAAGCUUCUUCUACAGAGCCAAAGGAUUCGCCAUACACAGACAUGGCUAGCAGUUUAGUGCCAUUAUCAGCUCCACACCCUUCUUGGUUCACCCCCAAAAGGUUGCUAGUCAUCUUUUGUGUUAUCAACAUGUUAAAUUAUGUGGAUCGAGGAACAAUAGCUAGCAAUGGUGUCAAUGGGAGUCUGGGAACUUGCACAUCCAGUGGUACAUGCACUUCUGGUAGUGGAAUACAGGGUGAAUUCAAUUUGAACAAUUUCGAAGAUGGAGUUCUGUCAUCUGCAUUUAUGGUUGGACUUCUUGUGGCUUCUCCCAUAUUUGCAUCGUUAUCAAAGAGUGUCAAUCCAUUUAGACUUAUUGGAGUUGGCUUGUCUGUAUGGACUUUGGCUACAGCUGGUUGUGGCUUUUCAUUCAAUUUCUGGUCCAUCACAAUCUGCCGCAUGGUAGUUGGUGUUGGUGAAGCUUCAUUUAUCAGUCUUGCAGCUCCUUUCAUUGAUGACAAUGCCCCUAUUGCUCAGAAAACAGCAUGGCUGGCAAUAUUUUACAUGUGUAUACCUACUGGAUAUGCACUUGGCUAUGUUUAUGGUGGCUUAGUUGGCACUUAUUUGAAUUGGCGUUUUGCAUUCUGGGUGGAAGCCAUUUUGAUGCUUCCAUUUGCUGUUCUGGGUUUUGUUAUGAAACCUUUGAAUUUGAAAGGUUUUGCUCCUGCUGAAUCUAAACAAGCACUGAUCUCUGAAGAAACGGAUGUACAGGAAGUCCAAGAUACAGACGCUUUAAAUGAUAGUGCAAAGCCCACGAAGGAAAAAUUCAGCCAUAUGUUUUCCAAGAUGAAAUGCACAUGCAUUGAUUUGAAUCAGUUUUCAAGAUUCAUCAAAGACAUGAAAGCACUCUUGGUUGACAAGGUUUAUGUUGUCAAUGUUUUAGGUUAUUGUGCAUACAACUUUGUUUUAGGUGCUUAUUCUUAUUGGGGACCUAAGGCUGGUUACAAAAUUUAUAAUAUGAGUGAUGCAGACCUGAUAUUUGGAGGAAUAACCAUUGUCUGUGGAAUAUUGGGCACAUUAGCAGGAGGCUAUGUUCUGGAUUUGAUGAAAUCCACAAUCCCCAAUGCUUUCAAACUUCUCUCUGUAACAACAUUUUUUGGGGCAAUCUUUUGUUUCACUGCCUUUUGUUUUCAGAACAUGUAUGCUUUCUUAGCUUUUUUCUCAGUUGGUGAACUUCUGGUCUUCGCCAUUCAGGGUCCUGUAAAUUACAUAUGUCUCCACUGUGUUAACCCGAGUUUGAGGCCAUUAUCUAUGGCUAUCUCUACUGUUUCGAUUCACAUAUUUGGUGAUGUGCCUUCUUCGCCGCUUGUGGGGGUCCUCCAGGACGCUAUCAACAAUUGGAGAGAAACUUCUCUUAUUCUAACAUCAAUUUUGUUUCCAGCAGCUGGGAUAUGGUUUACAGGAAUAUUUCUGCAUAGUGUGGAUAGAUUCAAUGAAGAUAGUGAAGGACAAGUUACUGAAGUUGAUAGAUCAAAUGCAACACCUUUGCUUGAACCCAGAGUUGCAGAAACAAGUCUCAUCUGCUAGUUGAUCAUCAUCCAUGAGUUGUAUAGGUUUACAAGAGACAAUAGCAUUUUAUAAAUGCAAUUUGUAAGAACUACAUUUUAUUCCUUCAAAACCGCUACAUUGUCCAUCAUUGUUCUAGACAACAUGGAACUGAAUGUUGCUUAUGUAGGUUACGAAAACCCCUUUUUCA